UGUGUGUGUAUGUGUGCGGACACGUAAGUGCGUGGACGGACGCGGGGGUGUCAGGAGCUGGGACUUUCGGUAGCAGGGGGCACUUUGAGUCAUUUGUAAACGUGUGGAGUGGGCAAACUGGGGCAACUGACAGAGAAGAGCCUGUGUAACCUGAAACAGAUGAGCCAGGGAGAGCGGUAGAGCAGCACCUAAAGCAACUGUGCAGUGCUUCUGGGUCUGCAAGGUGAGGUAAAACCAUCUGGCUUCUAGUCCAAAUGCUAAGGGUGUGACCUGUGAACUCUUUUCUCGGCUACAUGACUCCCUGAAGGAUAAGAACAAUGUUAUGUUGGGGAUAUUGGUCUCUGGGCCAACCUGGGAUCAGCACCAACCUGCAAGGGAUUGUGGCUGAGCCACAGGUGUGUGGAUUCAUAUCAGAUAGAAGUGUCAAGGAAGUGGCCUGUGGAGGAAACCACUCCGUGUUCUUGCUGGAGGAUGGGGAAGUUUACACGUGUGGUUUGAACACCAAGGGGCAGCUGGGCCACGAGAGGGAAGGAAAUCAGCCCGAGCAAAUUGGAGCUUUGGCAGAUCAGCACAUUGUCCAUGUGGCGUGUGGUGAGUCCCACAGUCUGGCCCUCAGUGACCGGGGCCAGCUGUUUUCGUGGGGUGCAGGGAGUGAUGGUCAACUGGGACUCAUGACUACUGAGGAUUCGGUGGCAGUGCCCAGGUUAAUACAAAAACUGAACCAGCAGACGAUAUUACAAGUUUCCUGUGGCAACUGGCAUUGCUUGGCUCUUGCAGCUGAUGGUCAGUUCUUCACCUGGGGAAAGAAUAGCCAUGGGCAGCUGGGCCUGGGGAAGGAGUUCCCCUCCCAGGCUAGCCCACAGAGGGUGAGGUCCCUGGAGGGCAUCCCCCUGGCUCAGGUGGCUGCAGGAGGAGCUCAUAGCUUUGCCCUGUCUCUCUCAGGAGCAGUUUUUGGCUGGGGGAUGAAUAAUGCAGGGCAGCUAGGGCUCAGUGAUGAAGAAGAUCGAGAGUCUCCUUGCCACGUGAAACUCUUACGAACCCAAAAAGUCGUCUAUAUUAGUUGUGGAGAAGAACACACAGCAGUCCUCACAAAAAGUGGAGGUGUGUUUACCUUUGGUGCUGGUUCCUGUGGGCAACUUGGACAUGAUUCCAUGAACGAUGAGGUUAAUCCAAGAAGAGUUCUGGAGCUGAUGGGCAGUGAAGUAACGCAGAUUGCUUGUGGCCGACAACACACUCUAGCCUUCGUGCCUUCUUCUGGACUCAUCUAUGCAUUCGGUUGUGGAGCAAGAGGUCAAUUGGGAACGGGACACACUUGUAACGUUAAGUGCCCAUCCCCUGUGAAAGGUUACUGGGCUGCCCAUAGUGGCCAGCUUUCAGCCAGAGCUGAUCGCUUUAAAUAUCAUAUUGUUAAGCAGAUCUUCUCUGGAGGAGACCAAACUUUUGUACUUUGCUCCAAAUAUGAGAAUUCUUCCCCUGCUGUUGACUUUAGGACGAUGAACCAAGCACAUUACACCAGUCUAAUAAAUGAUGAAACCAUAGCAGUUUGGAGACAAAAACUCUCAGAACACAACAAUGCAAAUACAAUCAAUGGUGUUGUUCAGAUAUUAUCUUCUGCAGCCUGUUGGAAUGGAAGUUUUCUUGAAAAAAAAAUUGAUGAACAUUUUAAGACAAGUCCCAAAAUCCCUGGGAUUGACCUGAACUCAACGAGGGUGUUAUUUGAGAAGUUAAUGAGCUCCCAGCACUCCAUGAUUCUAGAGCAGAUCUUAAACAGCUUUGAAAGUUGCCUGAUUCCUCAGUUGUCAAGUUCACCACCAGAUGUUGAAGCCAUGAGAAUCUAUUUAAUACUACCUGAGUUCCCCCUGCUCCAGGAUUCCAAGUAUUACAUAACAUUGACUAUUCCCCUGGCAAUGGCCAUUCUGCGGUUGGAUACAAACCCCAGCAAAGUAUUAGAUAACUGGUGGUCUCAGGUAUGCCCAAAAUAUUUCAUGAAGCUGGUAAACCUCUAUAAAGGUGCAGUCGUGUACCUACUGAGAGGAAGAAAGACAUUCUUAAUUCCCGUACUGUUUAACAAUUAUAUUACAGCAGCUCUCAAGCUCUUGGAGAAGUUGUAUAAGGUAAAUCUUAAAGUGAAGCAUGUUGAAUAUGAUACAUUUUACAUUCCUGAGAUUUCCAGUCUUGUGGACAUUCAGGAAGACUACCUCAUGUGGUUCUUGCAUCAAGCAGGCAUGAAGGCUAGACCAUCUAUAAUACAGGAUACUGUAACACUUUGUUCCUACCCUUUCAUCUUUGAUGCCCAAGCCAAGACCAAAAUGUUACAGACUGAUGCUGAACUACAGAUGCAGGUGGCAGUCAACGGAGCCAACCUGCAGAAUGUCUUCAUGCUUCUCACCUUGGAGCCUCUGCUGGCCAGAAGCCCCUUCCUGGUCCUUCACGUUCGCAGGAACAAUCUUGUUGGAGAUGCCCUAAGAGAGCUGAGCAUUCAUUCCGACAUUGAUUUGAAAAAGCCUCUCAAAGUAAUCUUUGAUGGCGAAGAAGCAGUGGAUGCUGGCGGUGUCACAAAGGAGUUCUUUCUUUUACUGUUAAAAGAACUUUUGAAUCCUAUCUACGGAAUGUUUACCUACUAUCAGGAUUCAAAUCUCUUGUGGUUUUCAGAUACUUGUUUUGUAGAGCACAACUGGUUUCACUUGAUCGGCAUAACCUGUGGACUAGCUAUCUACAACUCCACAGUGGUUGAUCUCCACUUCCCAUUGGCUCUCUACAAGAAGUUACUGAAUGUAAAGCCUGGCUUGGAAGAUCUAAAGGAGCUGUCACCCACUGAAGGAAGGAGUCUUCAAGAACUUUUAGAUUACCCUGGGGAAGAUAUUGAGGAGACUUUCUGCCUCAAUUUCACAAUUUGUCGAGAAAGCUAUGGAGUGAUUGAACAGAAGAAGCUGAUACCUGGGGGAGACAAAGUGACUGUGCGCAAGGAAAACAGGCAGGAAUUCGUGGAUGCUUAUGUGAAUUAUGUCUUCCAAAUCUCAGUUCACGAAUGGUACACAGCCUUCUCCAGUGGCUUCCUAAAAGUGUGUGGUGGCAAGGUGCUCGAGCUCUUCCAGCCUUCAGAACUAAGGGCUAUGAUGGUGGGAAACAGCAACUACAACUGGGAAGAACUAGAAGAGACUGCCAUCUACAAGGGUGAUUACUCAGCCACACAUCCCACUGUGAAACUAUUUUGGGAAACAUUUCAUGAAUUUCCAUUGGAAAAGAAGAAGAAGUUUCUCUUGUUCCUGACGGGCAGUGAUCGGAUCCCCAUCUAUGGCAUGGCAAGCCUGCAGAUCGUCAUCCAGUCCACAGCCAGCGGGGAGGAGUACUUGCCCGUGGCCCACACUUGUUACAAUCUUCUUGAUCUCCCCAAAUACAGCAGCAAAGAGAUCCUGAGUGCACGGCUGACCCAGGCCCUUGACAACUAUGAGGGGUUCAGUUUGGCUUGAGGCUCCCCAGCUUGCCCCAGAUUUCCCUCCCUUCCUCGGUGUCCACAUUGAGGCCCAUACAGAAAACCAUGGGGAGGGAGUUCUAUUUUUUUAUUGUAUAAGUGAGUUGGGACUUUUGAAUUCUGAACCCAGUAGAUGUGUUUCUGGGCUUGUGAGCAGUAAGCAACCCUUUUGAAAAAUCAGGGGUUAGGGAUGGGGUGAAAAAUUGGCUCUUAAUAUGGGAGGCAUUUUUGUCUUUAAACCAAAUUACCUAGUAGUGUUCCUUGCACUUGUGAGUAUGUUGCACUCUGCUGGAUACAAUGGCAGUGGAAUUUUAAACUCUUACUUCCCAGAUGUCUCUCUCAGCCCUGAUAUUUCCUCACAGUGCUUCCUGUCCUCUCUUCUCAUUCCUCUGCAAGAAUGAUUUUGACUAAUGUGUCCUUUCUCACCUGCACGUGCGGAACGUCUCCUUUCUCUGCAGACUUGGAAAUGCUUCUGGCUUGUUGCAGCCCUACUGUAAGGACUAAAGGGGAAAGGACUACUUCAGAAAUUCCCAAUUCCAGGAAGCUGGAUCUGGGUCCAUUACUUGGGCUGAACUCUUGAGAAUUUGUGGGAGCCUUUAUGAAACAUCUUGCUUUACAAGAAGUUAUUGAGGGACUAGCAAUCUCCCCCUGGCUCUGCCUGGACCUACUUAAAGAUGUGUAGAGCAGCUUAGCGUUGCCGCUGAGCCAAAUUUUGUUUUGUUGUUCAGCCAAGUACCUUCGACAAUAAGGUGAGGUGAUAGACCACCCCCCCACCCCUUCAGUUAUCUCGCUUCUGGAGCAAGUUGCUUCUCCAAGGAAAGUAGAAAUAAUAAAUUUCUUGUCCUCUUUCCUUAUCAAUUUAUACCUUCUACCACUUUCUCUUUUCUUCCUCUCCUUCCCUUUUGCUCUUACUUCAUCCCAUUGUUGUUAUCUGACUUAAUGCUCCCUUCCUCUCCUUCUAGUGGAUGCAUGCAGUCUAUUUUUUUAAUUUCUAUUUAAAUUGCAAAAUUUCUAUUUUUUUUUCCUUUUCCCUAAUUGCUAACACUUAAGGACAUUCUAUAUUACGGAUCUUUUGUUUAUUGCAUUUGAAAUGCUUGUUUACAGUGGGAUUUCAGGGGGGAUUGUGUUUAAAGCAAAUAUAUGUAUCAAAAAUAAUGACAUGCUCAAUCUUCUUCAUCAUGGGAUAAGAAAAUUCUACAUGAUCAAAGAAUCCAUGUCAGCCUAAUUUUAAAUUCCUAGUCACUAGAGGAAAGACUUAUUUAUAUAAAAUGAAGUAUUUAUGAACCGUGAUACAGCAUCAAAUCUCAAUGAAGGAUGUAGAUUUUGCUUUUUUUUUUUUGGUUUUAAAAGUUAUUUCAAUGGCUAAAUUGGUAGUUUUUUCAGUCUUUAUAAUACAAGAAUAAAAAAGAUAUACAGUUAUAUGAAAUGUUUAUUUUCUAUGUGUGUGCAUAUAGUUCAAUAUUAUGCAAUAAAUUUGGUGUUUUAACUUAAAA